AUGGCUCAGUUUCUGGGUUCCGUUCGGGUGACGCCUUACACUCUGGCCAAUUUCGCACAUUCCAGACUCCAAAUCCCACUCCGCAACAGCUGUUCGCUUCCCGCCUCCAGAAUUGGGUUCUCUCCUUUCAGGAGGAUUCUUCGAGCUUGCCUUCACACAAAUGCCGGUGGGAAUGUUGACACACAAUUUCCUUCGGACCAACCUGAGAUCAUAUUCAUGGGAACAGGAACUAGUGAAGGCAUUCCUCGUCUAAGUUGCCUGACUAAUCCUCUGAAGAAAUGUGAGGUUUGUUCAAAAGCCACAGAGCCUGGUAAUAAAAAUAGGAGGCUUAACACAAGCAUUCUCAUUCGUCAUCCUGGGCCAGAUGGUACACGUAACGUUCUAAUAGAUGCUGGAAAGUUUUUCUACCAUAGUGCUCUUCAGUGGUUUCCUGCAUACGGGCUAAGAACAAUUGAUGCGGUUAUUAUUACUCAUUCUCAUGCUGAUGCCAUUGGAGGACUCGACGACCUCCGGGAUUGGACAAACAAUGUCCAGCCUCACAUUCCAAUAUAUGUUGCACCCCGUGAUUUUGAGGUAAUGAAGAAAACUCAUUACUAUUUGGUUGACACUAGUGUGGUUAUACCUGGCGCUGCAGUUUCAGAGUUGCAAUUCAACAUUAUAAAUGAGGAGCCAUUUACUGUUCAUGAUGUAAAGUUUACACCUCUGCCAGUCUGGCAUGGAAAAGCUUACCGUUCCCUUGGUUUUCGAUUUGGUAAUGUAUGUUACAUCAGUGAUGUCAGUGAUAUACCAGAUGAAACUUACCCACUUCUGGAGGAUUGCGACCUCCUGAUUAUGGAUGCCUUGAGACCCGAUCGGUCAUCCUCUACACACUUUGGACUACCAAGGGCAUUAGAUGAAGUACGCAAAAUCAAACCGAAGAGAACUCUGUUCACUGGUAUGAUGCACCUGAUGGAUCACGAGAAGGUCAGUGAAUACCUUACGAAGUUGAUGGAGAUGGAAGGAAUCGAUGUACAGUUAAGCUACGAUGGGUUGCGCCUACCAGUAACGCUCUGA